GGAUUUUUACAUCAAAGUUGGAAUAAUAAUAAAAAGAAAAAUCUAAGAAGAUCUAAACCAAAGAUGGAAUACUGGACAACUGACUCGGGGUCAGAUUAAAACUGAGGAUGCCCGGGGUGCUCAGCCACGCCAAAGUUCGAUGAGGGGUUCGGGUUUCUCUACAUCGGAGGUCCCUUUAGGCGCAGGAUUCUCUGAGGGGGACACCGGAAGAAUUCAUCCACCCAUUGGGCCCGGAGUGAAGCGGAAACAGGUCUCCUGGCAAGCAUAGGUGUACCUGCUCCCCACAACUCCAGGACAGAGCAUACACCUAUGAAUGAUGUCAUCCAAACUGCUAUUAGGAAACAUUGGCUGGCACCUUAUCGAAAAUGACCCGGACCUCAGAAUAAUUGCACUGAACAAGCCUCUUUUCUCGUACAAGCGGACUCGCACCUUAGGCACACAACAAGGUUGCACCAGAUUACAUCAGGAAAUAGGAACACGUCAGGGAUUCCACGUAGUAAAUCGGAUCCAAAGUCCGGAACACUGCUUUGAAGCAUCACCGCAAUACAGAGAUAGUCUAAUAUAAAGGGCUUGUGGUUUCAACUCAUCAUCAUCAACAUCAAACACAAGGAGAUCAGAUAUAUACCACUGGGGUACUAACAGCUUGUCUUGACCCAUCAAGUGAGUCAAUAUGUUGGUGAAAAUAGCAGCACUCGCACUGGUUCUUUGCACCAUCACAGGAUCCCAGGCUGAUAUCAGCUCGGACCAGGUUACUGAUGCUUUCUGGAAUUACUUCACCCAGCUGACCAGUGGUACUAAGGGUAAAGUGGAGCAGAUUCAGCAGUCCGACAUCAGUAAACAGCUAAAUGUUCUAAUUGAAGAAAAUCUGAUGAGUGUAAAUCUCUAUGCAGGAGAAUUACAGCAACAUCUCAUUCCCUUUGCAAAGCAGAUACAUGAGCAACUAACUCAGGAUUCAGAAAAGUUAAGGGAGCAAAUAAGACAGGAGCUUGAGACGCUGAAGGUCAAGUUGGCUCCAUAUGCAGAUGAGGUGCACAAACACCUGAGCAGGAAUGUAGAGGAGCUUCAGAACAAAAUAGCACCCUAUGCAGAGCAGCUACGAACCGAGCUGGAGAAAAAUACCCAGAUAGUAAGUGAGCAGCUUAAAUCUGUAACCAAGGACCUGGAAGCCAAGAUUAGAGAAAAUACUGACCGUGUUCAGAAUUCAUUGACCCCAUAUUCCCAGGAACUCAAGGCUACAAUAGACAAUAAUGUGGAGCAGCUAAGAAAGCAAAUAAAGCCAGUCACUGAAAAAAUGAAAGAUAAUAUUGAUCAACAAUUGCAAGAGCUGUAUAAAAGCCUGACACCCUAUGCAGAAGAUGUGCAAGAAGAUCUACGCAAGCAGAUUAAGAACCUGGACUUUCAAAUGAAGAAGAAUGUGGAACAGAUGGAGAGCAAAAUGUUGGAGUUCACUGGUCAGCUGAGAGAGCAACUCUACCCCUACGCCAAUGAUCUGAGAAGCAGGCUGAAUGGAGAUAUGACCAAUGUUAAGCAGGCCUUGGAACCAUAUCUUACUGAGAUGAACCAGAAGAUGGACCAGAAAGUAGUAGAGUUUAAAAACACAAUGACCCCUUAUGUUGAUAACCUCAACAAGGAACUUGUACAGAGAGUAGAAGAUAUGAAGCAGAAACUGGGAGAAUAUACUGUGAGUGUACAGGAUCAAGUAGAGUAUUUAGAGAAAGAUGUCCGAGAAAAGAUCCAGGAUUUCAUUGACAAGGGCGCUUCCACCAGAAGCUAGAUUUUUAUUGCACUGACUUUAAGCCUAUUGAACGCAACUCAAAAUAACACCAACCAACAGACUUUCAUAACUGACCUCCUAAUGCCACAUAAAGCUAAUAUUGUCUGCUUUUACUACCCUUAGGUUUUUAACCUUUAGAGGGGACUAGUUGGCAUAGUCAUAACAUAUUUUUUGUUUCAAAGUACAUUUAAAUGCAUGGAUUGUCUGUAGGUUUUUGUAUAAUAACCAAUGUUGCAGUUUGUUGUCUUCAAUGACAGUGUUAGAUCAUUAAAGGCUAGGUUUCCACACAGGUUUUUUUCAGGAGUUUUUUUGUUUUUUUUUGUUUUGCAAAACUGCCACUGCAGUUUUUAAGACAAAGCUAGAAGUGUAUUCAGAAGGAAUUGGAAAUAUAAAGGUUGGACACAUACAUUUCCUUCCUACUGGAUUUACAUCUGACUGCUGUGUCAGUUUUCCCAAAAAAAAUGCCAGAAAAAACCUGUGGGGAAACCUAGCCCAUGUCAAUUUUUUUCUUCUUCCGUCUAUUUGACUUACAUUUUUUACUUUUACUUCUGUUAAAUAAAAUGCAACAGAGCAAUGCACAAUGGAGUGUGUAUGGAUCAUUCUUAAAUAUUGGAUUCAUUUACCUUGAACCAGUGGCAGUAACCUGUACAUUGCUAUGGGGGGCUGAUCACAAACCUGGUUACAGCAGGAGGAGUCAUGGGGCUUUGUAGUUCCCUCUGAGGCCUCUUUCACACUAUGAAAUAGUUCCGUUUAGGAACUUCCGUCACAAGUUCCGUCACUAUAUUGGGGGAAAACCUGCCGUUAUAAAACCCCUGACGGCCGUGACUAAAUAGCAUUGCAGCCUAUGGGGUUUUGUAACUGCCUGUUUGCACCC